AUGCCUUUGCUUGGAGCCCUGUCCGCUAUACGAGAAGUUAUCUCCAAGUUCUUUGGCUAUCUUGUAGACAAGUUAGGUUCUUCUGAAUUCUUGCAAAUUGUCAGUGAAAAACAGAUUCAAGAAGAGCUCGAGAAGUUGAAGAAAGAAUUGCUAGAAAUUCAUGCACUACUUGAUGAUGCUGAGGAAAGGGGCAUGAUGUCGAAGAUAAAAGAUAUCGCUGCCAAAUUGAAAGAUUUAGAGCCUCGGAAAAAUCAGUUGCAACUGAGAAUGAUUGAUUGCUCGAAGUACAGCAAAAUAAAAGAAAGGCGUCAGCCUACUUCUCUGGAGAUUGAAACUCAAGUGUAUGGCAGAGACGAAGACAAGAAGACAAUACUAAAAUUGGUCCUCAACAUUGAUGAUGAAGGAGAUUUUGUGUCUCGAUGGCAUGGGAGAGAUCGGUACGAGUCAACCCUGGCCCAGCUUGUUUACAAUGAUGUUACUGUUCACGAUCAUUUUGAUCUCAAAGCAUGGGUUUGUGUUUCAGAUGAUUUUGAUGUCACAAGAAUAACAAAAGCAAUUUUCCAAGCAGUCACUUCUGAGCCAUUGAGGAACUGUGAUGGCUUGCCUUUGGCUGCUAAAACCCAUGGAGGCUUGCUUCGUACUAAUGUUAACAUUGAUGCCUGGAAAGAUAUAUUAAAGAGUGAGAUAUGGAAGCCAUCAGGCCAUCGAUGUGGUAUAAUUCCAGCUCUCCAAUUAAGUUACCAUCAUCUUCCUCCACAUUUGAAGUGGUUCUUUGCAUAUUGCUCCAUUCUUCCUAAGGACUAUGAAUUCCAAGAGAGAGAAAUAAUCUUGUUGUGGAGGGCAGAAGGCCUUUUACAGGAAGCUAGAGAUAAACAUAGCAUUGAAGAUCUAGGCCACAAGUAUUUUACAGAUCUAGUAGCAAGAAUAGAAGGUGAUCAGAAAAUUUCAAAACAUGCUCGCCACUUAUCUUACAUUGGUGGUGUGUAUGAUGGCGUCAAAAAGUUUGAGGGCAUUGAUGAAGCGGUGCUUUAUUUGGAAGGAUAUCGAAUCUCAAAGUUGCCGGAUGUUAUUGGAGAUUUAAAACACUUAUGGUAUCUAGAUUUUUCUCGAACUCUCACUAAAUGCUUGCCGGACUCCAUAGGUACCCUCUAUAAUUUAGAAACCCUUUUAUUAAGGGAGCGUGAGGUGCUUGAAAAGCUACCUUUAGAGAUGGAAAUCCUAGUCAACCUAUGUUAUCUUAAUAUCACAGGUGCCAAUAGAUUAGAAGGGUUAAAGAAUGUUGUUGAAACUAAAGAUGCAUGGAAGGCUAAGUUACAUGAUAAGUCAGGACUGGAUAAGUUAGAAUUGAAGUGGAGUAAAUACUUUGAGAAUAGAAGAGAGGAAAUAGAGAAAAAUGUGUUGGAUUUGCUUCAACCUUCCAAAAAUCGUAAGAAACUUGCCCUCAAGUACUAUUGUGGUGUUAGUUUGGCGGAAUUGAUAGAAGAUCCUUCAUUCAAUAAGUUACUAUCUUUAUGCCUUGAUGAUUGUCCAAAUUGCACAAUUGCCAUUGUUGGAAAAAUUAAGCAUCAAGAAAUUGUGUAG